GCCAUUUCGACUCCACCUUGACCUUACCUCAAAACCUAGUUAUAAACUUUUUUUUUAAAUUAACCUCUUUAACGAGACAGUGUUUCUGUUGUUUUACGACCCGAUGGGGAGAGGGAAGGUUGAACUGAAGCGGAUCCAAGACAAAGUGAGCCGCCAAGUCUCCUUCACCAAGCGCCGGAACGGACUGAUGAAGAAGGCUCACGAGCUAUCCGUGCUGUGCGACGUUGAUCUCGCCGUUUUCGUCUUCUCUGGGAGAAACAAGCUCUAUGAGUUUUCUACCGGUGACAGCAUGCCUGAUAUCCUUAAGCGCUACGAGGACCACAAGCAUGCAGAUGAAGCAGUCCGCAGAACUGUACGCGAGGAACUCACGUUACAAUAUAGGAAUGUACGCACCGCUGAUGAGUUAACAGAGAUGACCCAAAGGCACCUCAAUGAGCACAAGGUUCAACAGGCAGAUGUCAGCGAGCUCUUUCAGUUAGAGAAACAAAUCGAGGCCAAUCUCCAACAAGUCAGAACCAUAAAAACAAAGUUGAUGUUGGGAGUUGUGAAAAACCUGCAAGAGGAGCAAAAACAACUGAGACAAGAUAAGCGGUUGAUGGAAGGAAAGGUAGCAAAUGAGUUGCGGAUUUGGGAACGUAACAACUAAACACUGGUUUUGAGGGUGUUGUUAUAUAUCUUUAUGAUGAAAGCAGGGUGGCUGAAUAAAAGGUAAUGUUGAUGUUUAAUGCAUCCACUACUUUGUAAUGGUUUUCUGUUUUCUGUAUCCUUUAUUUCAAUCGUACUAGUAAGGAAGAAAUGUUCUAUGUAUAAUAAUGUUGCUAUCUCCAAGAUAUGGUCUUAUGUAAUAUGUCUUUUGGCAAUGGAAUCUUUGCCUUUUUGUUAGUCA